UGGCGGAGAAACAACUUGCUGUUCCACAAAAACUGUUUGUCCGCGGCCAUGCUAACUAGCCUUAGUAUUCAUGGCAGGCUCAAGCUGCAUUGCAGCACAGAGUAAGGCAGGAGGGAUGAGCGGGCAUGAUUGACAGCGCUAAGACCCGCCUCCUGGCUCUGAUUGGUUGUUUGCAGUUAGCACUGCAGAGCAACUGGAUUUUUUUUGGACAGAUUAUCUGUGUCAUACUGUAGUCUCAUGACAUCGUGGCAGAUUAAAUAUAUGUGAAAAAUAUUUUUUUAAUAUAAAAGUUACAUACUGCAGCUUUAAGGCUUUUAGGCUUUCUCAUACUUUAUCCAAAGUGUCAAACUCGGCUCUCGUUGACCUAGCCACAUGACAAAAUUGUAUCGUCUUGUUCACAGGGAGGAUUUCUCCCAUUGACUUGGAUUGUCUCCGGUAGAUUCUCCCUCGGACCAAUCAGCAAACAGAAGGACAAGUUGUGAACGACGAUUUCAAUUCUCUGCGUUGUUUUAGAACUGUAGUCUGCCUGUAGUUUUAGCAAUGACAACCGUAGGAAGUGAGCGAAGACGUUCAGUCCAAAUUGGCAACGUUUCCAAAUAUUGGAUCAACAUUAACAGCCACCUCAUUCGGUUCUGCACUUCUCUCUUAGCAUUGGAGGAUGGUUGUUUGGAGCUCAGACAAUUUCCAGCUUCUUAGCAUCGAGCUAGUAAUGCAUUUCAUGCGUCACGGGCAGAUGUUAGCAACUGGGGACAAUUUAAAACCUCAACAGAGUCCACGCCUCCAGGAAGCAACCGUUUCUCAGACCCUCCGGACGAAGCAAACGGUGUAGGACAAGGCCUCGUUUUUACAAGCCUACAAAAUACCUCCAAAGAUCGUCAAACAGCUGAGAACUCAUGGAUGGAAAUUGCAAAGUCAUUGUCCAUGAAGGAAUCUGCCUCCCAAACAUAAACCUGCCAGAACAAAUGUGGUUAGGUUUUUUCUUUCUUCUCUUUUUAAAGUGCUUUGAAAUAAAAUGCAAGAAAAUGGACAAAAACAACGUAAGCAGAAUUUGAACCAAGUCAUCUUUAAAUGUGGGAUUGGGCAUGCUGCUUUCUCCCGCUCAUCACAUGCCGUCUCCCUCAGUCGGAGGCCAUUAGUCCGCCCUCCAUUAUGGAUGAGCUGAGUGGAGUUGGCUCCUCGCUCGGUCUGCCUGCUGCAUCCAUUCGAGGGUAAACCCAGCCGUUCACAGCUUGUCUGCGUAUGUAGCCUACCUCCCAAUUAGCUAUGCUCUCUUAAUCUUCCACCACUUCAAACCCUUUCUCGUUGUUGCGUAACAACCCUCACUACGGUCGCCCUUUAGUCGUUGUGAAAAGCUGACAUCUCUUUACUCUGCUUCCUUCAUUCAUGGUGCCUUGCAGUGAGAGCUUUUAACAGAGUUGAAAGCAAAAAUUGCAAAAGUACAUCAUAGCCUGGAUAAAACGACCCAUAAUCCCCUGCUGUCUUUUGUUAUUCCUUUCUAUACGAGCGACCCACUCUUCCUCCCCUCAGCACUCCCUCUUUCUCUCUCGUUCUCUCUUCCCUCCCUCACCUUUUGCUUCUUGGACUCACUUGCUCAGACACGCAGUCGCCAAAGGAUGUGGGACCCACCGUGUGUGUCAGAGCGGGCUGAAAUUUUGCCUGUGUUUUGUGCCUUGAUAUAUUCGCAGCAGAAAUCCAACCGGCAGCAUGUUCCGACGCACUAAAAGUUGCCGCACGAGUAACAGGAAGAGUCUGAUCCUGACAACCACGUCUCCCACGCUGCCUCGCCCGCACUCCCCUCUCCCGGGUCACCUCGGAAGCAGCCCCCUGGACAGCCCCAGAAACUUCUCCCCCAGCAACCCUGCACACUUCUCAUUCGCCUCCUCCAGAAGAGCGGACGGGAGGAGAUGGUCUUUGGCGUCUCUACCCUCCUCUGGAUAUGGCACCAACACUCCCAGCUCAACGUCGUCCAGCUCCUCUCAGGAGCGGCUGCACCAGCUGCCCUCCCAGCCCACCAUGGACGAGCUCCACUUCUUAUCCAAGCACUUUGGCAGCACCGAGAGCAUCACGGACGACGACGGGGGCCGCUGCUCCCCGCGCAUGCGCCCUCGCUCCCGCAGCCUCAGCCCGGGACGCUCCUCCUCCUGCUAUGACAAUGAGAUCGUCAUGAUGAACCAUGUGUACAAAGAACGGUUUCCAAAGGCCACGGCGCAGAUGGAGGAGAGGCUAGCCGAGUUCAGCCACGCCUUCUCACCUGAGAGCGUUCUUCAUCUGGCCGACGGGGUCCUCAGCUUCAUCCAUCACCAGAUCGCCGAGCUGGCCAGAGACUGCCUGGCCAAAUCACGCGAGGGCCUCAUCACUUCUGUCUACUUCUUUGAACUGCAAGAGAACCUGGAGAAGCUGCUUCAUGAUGCCUUCAAGCGCUCUGAAAGCUCUGAAGUAGCCUUUGUGACGGAGCUGGUGAAGAAGCUUCUAAUCAUCAUUUCCCGACCUGCGAGGCUCCUGGAGUGUCUGGAGUUUAACCCAGAAGAGUUUUACCAUCUCCUGGAGGCAGCGGAGGACCAUGCCAAGGAGGGUCAUCUGAUGAAAACUGACAUUCCCCGUUACAUCAUCAGCCAGCUGGGACUGACCAGGGACCCAGUACAAGACAUGGUGAAGCUGGAAAGUUACGACAGCGAGGGACCAGUGACGCCUGAAACAGACGACUCCACAGAGGGAAAAAUCAGAGCAAUAAAACCUCCAGGAGAAGCAGACUUCCAGACCAUCAAGCUGAUCAGUAACGGAGCGUACGGCGCCGUGUACUUGGUGCGUCAUUUGGAGACACGCCAGCGGUUUGCCAUGAAGAAGAUCAACAAGCAGAACCUGAUCCUGAGGAACCAAAUCCAGCAGGCGUUUGUGGAAAGGGACAUCCUGACGUUUGCAGAGAACCCCUUUGUCGUCUCCAUGUUCUGUUCCUUCGAAACGCGCCGCCAUCUCUGCAUGGUCAUGGAGUACGUGGAAGGAGGGGAUUGUGCCACUUUGCUGAAGAACAUCGGGGCUCUGCCUGUGGAAAUGGUGCGCAUGUACUUCGCAGAGACUGUCCUCGCGCUGGAGUACCUGCACAACUACGGCAUCGUCCACCGAGACCUCAAGCCUGACAACCUCUUAAUAACGUCAAUGGGACACAUCAAGCUGACUGACUUCGGUCUGUCUAAGAUCGGCCUGAUGAGUCUGACCACCAACCUGUAUGAAGGGCACAUAGAGAAGGACACACGGGAGUUUUUGGAUAAGCAGAUGUGUGGAACCCCAGAGUACAUCGCUCCGGAGGUGAUUCUGCGUCAGGGUUAUGGGAAGCCAGUGGACUGGUGGGCAAUGGGCAUUAUCCUGUAUGAGUUCCUGGUGGGUUGCGUGCCUUUCUUUGGAGACACGCCAGAGGAAUUGUUUGGACAAGUCAUCACAGAUGACAUCGUGUGGCCAGAUGGAGACGAGGCUCUUCCUGUGGACGCCCAGCACCUGAUCUCCUCUCUGCUGCAGACAAAUCCUCUGGUGCGAUUGGGCACAGGUGGUGCUUUCGAAGUCAAGCAGCACUCAUUCUUUGCAGAGGUGGACUGGAACAGCCUGCUGAGACAGAAGGCUGAGUUCAUCCCUCACCUGGAGUCAGAAGAAGACACCAGUUAUUUUGACACUCGGUCGGAACGCUACCAUCACGUCCAGUCCUACGACGAGGAUGACACCAACGACGAUGAGCCGGUGGAGAUCCAUCGCUUCUCGUCCUGCUCCCCUCGCUUCAGCAAGGUGUACAGCAGUAUGGAGCAUCUGUCCCAGCUGGAGCACAAACCCCACACUGUGACUCUACGGGAGCACAAGGUUCCCAGGGAGGACCGGGUAGCCAAGCGAGAAAGCUUGGGAAGCGUCACCCUACGAGACAAGAGCUGGAGGACAAGUUCACCGGAAAUGAAGCGCCUGUCCUGUUCGGAGUCCUUUUUUACUGAAAGUGACUCCAGCCCGCCGUCCGGGGCUCGCAGGCGCUUCUCCGCCCUGAUGGAUAUGAGCCGCUUCGCCUCACCUCAGGAGCUGAACGCCGAGCCGCCAGGUCCAGGGAAGCAGCCUCCCGUCAAGACCAGGGGGACUUCCCUGGAAGGGGCCAUCCCCUCCCACGGAGACCUGAGGACGCUCCUUAAAGAUGACAAACUUUUGAGACCUGCCGACGCGUCGCUGCCGCUGCCGAGCAGUCUGGGUCUUCCUGAUCUCCAGGGGCCCCGUGGGGCCGCCACGGACCUGGUGUUGCGGAGGGUCAGACACCAGCAGCUCUCGUCCGAAGGAGACAAGCGAAACUCGCGACCAGGAACUAAAGUCAUCAAGUCUGCGUCGGCCACUGCUCUGUCUGUCAUCAUUCCAGCAGUGGAGCAGCACGUUGCGUCCCCACUGCCCAGCCCCAUGUCGCCUCGCUCCCUGUCGUCCAACCCGUCCUCCCGCGACUCGUCUCCAAGCAGAGACUUCUGUCCCAUGGUGAACGUCCUGCACUCUCCCAUCACCAUCCACCGCUCCGGGAAGAAGUACGGCUUCACCCUCCGGGCGAUCCGGGUCUACAUAGGAGACAGUGACAUUUACAGCGUGCAUCACAUGGUUUGGCAUGUUGAAGAUGGAGGUCCUGCUCAGGAGGCUGGUCUUAAAGCUGGAGACCUCAUAACUCACGUAAACGGGGAGUCGGUCCACGGCAUAGUCCAUACAGAAGUAGUGGAGCUCAUCCUGAAGAGCGGAAACAAAGUUACAGUCGCGACUACUCCCUUUGAGAACACCUCCAUAAAGGUGGGGCCUGCCCGCAAGUCCAGCUACAAAUCUAAAAUGGCACGUCGCAGCAAAAGGACCAGAGUCAAGGAGGGCCAAGAUAAAAAACGAAGCUCACUCUUCAGGAAAAUCACAAAGCAGUCCAACCUGCUCCACACCAGCCGGAGCCUCUCGUCCUUAAAUCGCUCUCUUUCAUCUGGAGACAGCCUGCCGGGGUCCCCUACCCACAGCUUUUCUGCCCGCUCCCCCACACAGAGCUACCGCUCCACUCUGGAAUCCCCUUAUCUGGGUACGUCAUCCCAGAGCAGCUCUCCGGCAUCAAGCACUCCCAACUCCCCAGCGACUUCCCACCACAUGAGGCCCAGCUCCCUGCACGGCCUGUCCCCCAAGCUUCACCGCCAGUACCGCUCGGCCCGCUGCAAAUCCGCCGGUAACAUCCCGCUAUCCCCUCUGGCUCACACCCCGUCCCCUACCACCUCCUCCCCUCCACCUGUUACGGGCCACACGGUGGGGAGCUCCAACACCACCCAAAUGUUCCCCGCCAAGCUGCACUCCUCGCCUCCAGUCGCCCGCCCUCGUCCCAAGAGUGCCGAGCCACCCAGGUCUCCCCUGCUGCAGCGGGUACAGUCUGCGGAAAAGCUCGGGGCACCCGUCCUACCUUCCUCCUCUUCGUCGUCGUCGUCACCCUCCCCUCUGACCGGAGGAGUGUCGUUGCGCAAGCAUAGCUUAGAGGUGUCUCACGGGGACUACAGGAGAGAGUCCUUCCACUGCGAACACAGUCUGCAGAGUUUGCUGGAGAUAGAAGGAGAGAAUGGACCUGCUCCACCCUCUCCGGCCUCGUCUUCCUCCCCUUCUUCUCCUAUGGGAGCAGAUAUUUUAUUGCUGAACCAUGUGAGGAAGCUGGGGAGACAGGAAUCACUGCUUAGCAGAGACGUACUUGUGACAGUAAAGGAGAAAGAUGGUCCAUCAGCGUCUGAGCUCUCUGAGUUGCCAAAUGUAAGGUCAGUUUCUCCAACAGAGUCUAAGACCAGUGUUGAUACGAGCAAGGCACCACUCAAUGAGGUUGCAAGGAGUAGCAGAAAUACGAAGGCAGCUGAAACAAAGACUAGUACCUCAUCUACAGACAUCAGAACAGGCGCUGGGAUCAAGCAUUUAGGUACAAAAGUGUCAACUUUGGAGGCAACAGACUUUCAGGCCAAAGCUGGCGAGAAAACUCCAGACAUAUCCAAGAGACCACAACAAGACACAAAGCAGCAGAGUGUGCAGACAGAUGCGUUACAUGUUACCAAAACUCAGGAGAAGACAGAAGAGAAAGAAAAAAGCACUGUAGGUGUAGAUGUAGAGAAAGCAAACCUCCAGAAAACAUUGACCACUGAGCAGUUCAAGCAGCAUAUAGGCUCAGAGACUGGAGAUAAAAGUGGAAUCAGUGGAGGCGACAUGGCAACUGAUACGACGAAGACCAAAGUACCUGGACCGCCAGUUCCAUCCCUGGCUAAAACGCACUCAGCACCCAGGCUCAGAGCAGAGAAGUCGGCAAGCAGCAGCCGUGGCGUCAAAGAGGAGAAGGCUCAACUGGAAGUCCUGGAGGAAAACCCAGCGUCCCCUUCCUCAAACGCUGCCUCGCCAUGCUCAAGCAAACUACGGGCCAUGUCUCCGGGGGACAAGACCACCUUCGUCACCCAACUCACGAGUGUGGCUAAGACGGUCCUGGGUCCCAUGAAAGGAGGGUCUCAAGAGGGCAGCAAAGUGAAAGACGCCUCAAAGUCAAGUGAGGAGAAGAAGGGAAGCACAGUGGGGAAAGCAGAGGCCUCGUCCACAGGGGUCCACCGAGGGGCUCGGGGCUUCACCACGGCCACUGCUCACUCUGAGAAAGGUAACAGUCGGAGCGCUAAACAUCACUCGUGAUGUGAAAGCUUCAGAAACACAGACUGUCCCAUGUAAUGCCUUUAACUGUAGCAUCAGACUGACAUAACAUAUGAAUUUGUAUGAGGCAGAGAUAGCAAUGCCUGAACAAAAAUAUAUUUAAAAAAAAUACACCAAAUCAAAAAGAAGUAGAAAAGAUGUCAAAAAUGAUCAACUACUGUUGUGAAAAUGUGCACAUGGUGUUUUGAUGUAGACCUGUGUAUGUACUGUAUGCUCAUCUCAACAUGUUGUGUAUAUUGUAAAAAAGAAAUGCAUAUGUCUUCAUGCAUGUCUGAUUAAGGAGAAUGACAGACUAUUUAAACAAGAUGAAUAAUAUACUGCAGACCUUGAGAUAGAAAACACUGUGAACAACCUUUCAACUUGACAAGCAGACUUUUGACUGUGUAGAAGUGGGAUUCUGGUAGAAAAGGGCAUUACUCACAUUCCAGCUAUUGGUUUCAGGGAUGUCGUUUAGUUCUAUGCUGUUUUUAUUUGAAGUUCAGGUACUAAAAUGUGUCACCGAUAGAGUGGGUUUUCAUGCUUUCAAUGCCUUGCAAAAAAAAAAAUGCCCCUUGAACUUUUUCAAAGCUUUCGCCACAAAUUCUAAAAUGGAUUUAGGUCUGUACUUUGACUAGGCCAUGCCCUUUGAGCUAAAUCUUUCAACAGGUUGUCUUCUAGUAUUUUUCUGUACUUCAAAUUAUGUCUGUCCUCAAAAGACUACAAGCACCAAUUUAAUUUUGACACUAUAAUUUGCAUAUUCUAUAAUCUACCGAGAGAUUGCAUUUAUGUUGCUCUCUACAUAAAUGCAUAAAUAAAUACAAUAGGUUUUUUUAUUUUGUUCGGUGUGAACAUGGUAAAUGUCAAUACUAAAUAAUGUAGUAAAUAUAAAUGUCUAAUUACCUGAAGGAUUCUUAAGUCAAUAACCAAAACUUCAACACAGAUGUCAAACUUUAUUCAACAUGUUUACAAAACAGCCAAGUAAAUUACUGCUUUAGAAUUUAUCUGCAAAAUUUGAUUUAAGGGAAGCUAAGUGUGUUUAACAUUUUCAAAGUUAGCAAAAACAAAAAAAAUUAGCUCCGCUAUUAGCAUGUUAGCGAAUUAGUGUUCCCACCUCUGACUGGAAUAUUAUGAUUUUGGCCAAAGUCAAGCUUUAUUCCACUGAAUAAAGCUUGAAAGUUUUAUUCAGUGAGUUUGCAAAACAGCCAAGUGAAUUAGCUUUAGAGUUUAUCUGGAAAUUUUAAUUUAAGGGAAGCUAAAUGUGCUUAAUGUUUUAAAGUUGGCAAACGCACGAAACAAAAAACUAGCUCCGCUAUUGGGCUUGAACUUCGUCACCACAGCGAAACCGUCAAAACACAUCAAAUUUCAAUAAAAUACAUUGCGGUUGUAACAUCACAGAAGGUUCAAGGGGUAUAAAUACUUUUGUAUGGCACUGUCAUUUUGUACUUUGUUUAGGUAAUUGAAGGUGUCACAAACAGAAUGUGACACCUUCUGUAUGGUGGGCUGAGGAGUCGCUGUACACACAGCAGAAACUGGACCAAGAAACCAAAAUGCUUGCAGUGACAGAGUUGAAGGAUGGAGCAGAUAGUUUCCCUCGGCUCUGUUUAAGGGCCGACUGUCAAUGGGAUUGAGAGGAAUACAUUAGAUGAACUUGAUCAGGGACACUAUGCAAUGUGCUGCCAAUGCCACUAUUGUCCCAUCUUUUUGUGUCUCCUGGGUGUCCAAGUUUACAUUGUGCUCCAGACAAAUACAGAAAACAGCAUAAAGCUUACAAUAACUCAAGCAGACAUAUAUUGUUUCAUUUUUAAAGGUGGUGUCUACUGGUUAUAGUGAUAUGUGCAAUUCUAUAUUUUAGAUUAAAGUAUGUACAAUAUGUUCGCUCAGAGCGUGGUAGCAAGUAAAGAUGCACAUGGAAAGUAGCAUUUAGAGGAGAGAGCAGGUUUCCUGUCACUCUUUUUCACUCACGCUAAGCUACAGUUCGUGGUAUCAUAUUAGGUGAAACGGGAAGGGCCAGUGUUUUUACUUAAAGGUUAUGUGGUCAUCUUUGUUGUUGUUGGGUUUUUUCUUACUUAAAUGUUAAACAAUAUGCAAUCCAUCAGUGCUCAGUCCUGUAACACUGAGCAUCACUGUCUGUGAGAAAAGCCUGGAGCAUAGAUUUGUUCAGAGUACCUUAGUGGUGAGGUCUUCGUUUGUUGUUUGUGUGUUAAAAUGUAGUGUCAAGGUAUCGGACUUGUCUUAGACUGCCACCUUGUGGACAACAUGACAUAGAGCCAGAAGUUUUAGAGAACAGGAACGUUAAGUGUCCCAUAUCCUCAGUCUGUGGAACUUUUGUUUGUGCAUAGUUUAUAGUUUUUAUGCAUAGGCAGACAUGUUUACAUUGAUUUCAAUUACAAUCUCCAUCUUAUCUCUCAUGAUGUUGUAGUUUUAGCAAUAAACACCAGUGUUUCGUGUGUGACCAAAUUGCACUUUAUGUUGCGUUUCAUCGAUACAUUUAUAGUCAGUACUUUACAUUCACUGUAUGAAAAGACAGUUGUUUGUUUUUUGUGUGUGUUGUUGUCUGGUUUACGCCAAGUUUCCUUUUGUCAAGAUUGCUAAAAUGAUCUCUAUUAAUUAUAUGUUGCAAUUAUGAGAGAAAUGUAUAUUUAGAUUCGUCUCUUUCUCUCCAACAACAGUUUUCUGGAAUUUUGGCCCAUUACUCCUGAUACAACAGAGUCAGGAUUUUCAGUUUUUUAUUUAACCAGGGAAAAAACUAAUUGAGAUUAAAAACAUUUUCUUUCCCAAGAGUGUCCUGCCCUGGAUUUGUAGGUCACCUUACAUACACCUUUUUAGCGCUGCCUAAAAUUACUAUGAUGUUUUAUGAUGUCCACUACAAAACGUUGAUCUUGUGGUCUUCAAGCCGGUUUUUGUUACUAGGCUCCAUGAGUAGGUCGAUUGUCCAUUUAGAAGACCGCUUUGUGCCCAAACUUUAAGUCCCAGAUGAUGUUUUGAAAUCUGACAGGUGCACCUGUCCCUCCCGCAGCAACAAAAUUCCCCCAACAUGAUGAUGCCAUCCCUGUAUUUCACAGUUGAGAUGUUGAGAAGUGGAAAAAAAAUUAUUUUGCAAUUGUGGUGUUUCCAUUAAACAAGAAACUCAAUUAAAAUCACGCGUGAAUAAGUUUGUUCACGCAACCAUGCCGCCAUGAUUCUCCAACCACUUCUUGUUGUUUUCUUCGUGGUUUGCGCCAGUGGCAGCAUCCAGUUGUUGAUGAUGUAAAAGGGCUUUCCAUUGCAAUUUUGCGAGAAAAACUACUUUCAAUAUGGACACAAACCACCCCAUCCUAGUGGUAAAACUUUUUCUAAAUCAAAAGAACGAGUUUUUUCAAAGUGUCCCAUUAAAUCUGUGCAAAACUUUGUAUAAUUCUUUUCCUAAUUUCUUGUGACUUUACGUAAUGAAGCAGUAUCGUGCCCUCUUAACUUAAAUUCAGCAUAAAUUAACCUAUCAGAAGCUUUAAAAGACCAUGUCAAUACUUCAUAUGGCCUUCAAUAUCUUAUAAAGCAAAUUUUUAAAAAUCCUCUGACAUUUAGCAAACACAAAUAAUUUUGGUAAUCAUAACUGACCAAAAGGAGGAAAUGUAGUUUGAGAUAAUGUCGGACAGUUUAAAAAACUGGUUCGUUUUUUCUUCAUAGAGUGAACAUAAACGCCUGGCUUCCAGCGUACAUGUGGGAAGAGUUCCAGCUUUUUUUUACAUUUCUUUCUUUUAAAUUCUAUUUAUUGAAUUUUGUAUUUAUUUAUUUAAGAUGCCGAUGUACUGUUGAAAAUAUUCCGCGUAAUAUUGAAAUAGAUCAUUAAAUACCCCACCAUAUAUGUGUGGUCGAAGUUGCUAACAUUACUGUCGUGUCCAUGUUUGUCCAAGUGUUUGACCUUUUUUCUUUCUUUUUUUUACAGCAGCUCUUGUGAAUAACUAAUGUCAAAUGAAAUUCCAACUAGAAAGGAAAUAAAAUGUGUCAGAAACC